CCGUAUUUUCACCUAAUUUUCACCGACGAUGGCGCAGUGGGGACAAGGCCAGGGCCAGGCAGGGUACCAAUACCCAAUGCAGACCGGCUUCCCCGGCCAAAACCCGUCGUUCCAACAGCCCCAACAGACAGGCUUUCCAGGCCUGCAAGCGCAACCGACAGGCUUCCCCGGCCAACGACCGCCUUUCCAACAACCUCAGCAGACCGGAUUUCCAGGAUUGCAGCCCCAGCAGACCGGCUUCCCCGGCAUGGCCGGAGGCUACGCGCAACAGCAGCGCCCGCCUCCGCCGCCGGUCCCGCCUCUCCCCUCGAGCGGAUUUCUCGGCGCUCAGCAGCAGCAGCAGGCCCAGAGCCGAUUCAUGUCGCCUUCGCCGUCUGGGAUUAUGCCCCAGCAGACCGGGUUCCCUGGUGCUGGAGGCAUGGGCGGUGGAGGGCUGCAGCCUUUGGUUCCCCAGAUCACGGGCUUCGUCGACCCGAGGCUGCAGAUGAUGGCGAGCACGUUCUUGCCCGCGAACGCCUCCGCGCCGUACAACCCCGCUGGCGCGCCACAGCUGCUUCAGCCCCAGCAGCAGCUCGGCGGGCUCUCGCUCCAGCAGAGCUUUCAGCAGCACAAUCAGGAGGUCAAGGGCACCAGUGCGCCGAGGGUGCCGUGGGCGCUGUCCCAGGGCGAGAAGAAGAGCUAUGAUAAGAUAUUUAGGGCUUGGGACGCGGCGGGGACGGGCUUUAUUGAUGGGAGCACCGCGAUUGAGGUCUUUGGACAGAGUGGGCUGGAUAAGAAUGAUCUCGCGAGGAUUUGGACACUCGCCGACGGAGACAACCGCGGUAAACUCAACAUGGCCGAAUUCCACGUCGCCAUGGGUUUGAUCUACAGAAAACUCAACGGCAACGAAAUCCCCGACACCCUCCCCCCCGAGCUCAUCCCCCCCUCGCACCGCGACCUCGACACCUCCGUCGACUUCCUCAAAGGCCUCCUCAAAAACGACGCCACAGCCCGCGCACGCUCCCCCUCCGCGCUCGACCCCUCCAUCCCCAUCUCGCGCCUCAAAGAACGUUCCUUCAACUCUUCUGGUGCACCAGGCGCCGGCUCGCGCCAAGACGCCACGGUGUAUAAACAUAGGGAGGAUGAUGCGCCGCCGGGGGGGUAUUAUACGCCCCGGAGUAGGCAUUUGGAUCGCAGUGCGGUGAGGACGGAUAGGGAGAGGGAGGGAGGAGGGGGAAGGGGCGAUUUGGAGGAGAUGAAGAGGGCGUUGGAGGGGACUGCGAAGAUGCUUGAUCGGGCUGGAGAGGAGUCACGGAAUCGGACGGAGGAGGACGAGAAGCUGGAUAGGGAGAUGGAGGAUUUGAGGUAUCGCGUGAAGCGGGUGCAGGAGGAUUUGGAGUAUGCGGCGAGGAGUGGACGGAAGGGGGCGAGGGAGGACGAGGAGAGGAGGAGGUUGGAGAGGGAGUUGAUGGGGUUGUUGUAUGAGAGGAUUCCGGAGGUGGAGAGGAAGAUUGAGGAGAGGGAGGUGAAGAGGGAGAGGGAGAAGAGGGAGUGGGACCGUGAGAGGGAUAGGAGGAAUGACAGGUUUGGGAGGUAUGAUGAUCGCGACCGCGACCGCGAUUACCCCAGCUAUUCGUCGUCCUCGAGGAACGAGGACAGACCGCGGUACGACCGCUAUGAGCGAGACAGAGACAGGGACUCUCCCUAUGACCGUGACCGCGACCGCGACCGUGGAUACGACAGAGACCGCGAUCGUGACCGUGACGCUCCCUCAACCCGUUCCCCACCCCCCGCCCCACCCGCUCCCUCUCUCUCCUCAAUCUCCAAACCUCCCCCCGCCCCACCCGCGCCCUCCUCCGCCCCGCCCCUCCGCUCUACCACGCCCUCCAACAAAGCCAUGACCCCCGAAGAGCGCAAGGCCUUCAUCCGCGCCGAGGCCCAACGGCGGAUGGAAGAACGCAUGGCCGCUCUCGGGCUCCCCGUUCCCAACGCUGCAAGCUCACCGCGCGUAGACACGAGUGUGGAGGAUAGGUUGGCGAGCGAGAAGAGGGAGGCGGAGGAGAAGGCGAAGGAGGCGGAGAAGGCGGCGGAGGAGAGGGAGAGAGCGAGGAGGGAGAGGUUGGAAGGUGAAAAGGCGAUCAAGGAGGGCAGGUCGCCUUCCUCUACUGCACCGACUCCGCCUGUGAGUGCGGUUGGGAAGGCGGCGCCUCCUCCGCCUGUUAAGCCGAGGGCUCCGGCGCCACCGCCACCGAGGAAGAGCGCGCUCGUGAAUCGGGGGGCUCCGGCGCCUUCGCCUGUGGCACCUACUCCGCCCGCUGCUGCUGCACCUACUCCUCCAGCGCCGGCUCCUGUCAAACAAGAAGAUCCGGAAGAAGUAGCUUUCCGUGCGCGUGAGGAACGGCUCAGGAAACAGAGAGAAGAGCGGCUCGCACGUCAACGACAGCUCGAGGCCGAAGAAGCGGAAGAGGCUCGACGUGAACAACAAGAAGCCGAAGAAGCGGCCCGACGAGCUCAGGUGGACGAGAAAGCGGAAGAACAGAGGAGGAUCAAGGAGGAGAGGGAGGCGAAGAUCAGACAGAUGGAGGAGGAGGAGGCGGAGGAGGCGAGGAGGGCGGAGGAGGAGUUUCAGAGGAGGAAGGAGGCGAGGUCGAGGGCUUCGACGCCUAAGCCUCCGAGUUCUGCUCCUCCUGCUGCGGCUGCUGGUGUGGCUUCCCCGCCGCCACCGCCGCCUCCUCCACCCCCGCCGGUUAUGGCGAGCCCACCGUCGGAGAAGGGAAAGAAUAAUCCGUUCAAUCGGCUUGGUGGUGGUGCUGCCGCCGCCCCCGCGGCACCCACUCCCCCGGCUCUGAACGGUUCGAGCACCAAUCCCUUCUUCAAAUCCAACCCUCCCCCCACUUCAUCCGCAUCUCCCUCCAUCCCCGCGCCCCCGAAAUCGCCCGGCCCUCCCCCCGUCAAGACUCCGUACACGACCGCUCCCGGUGCGGGCGACAGCAGCGACGACGACUGGGGCGACGUGCGCGAGAAGGACGACGACGAGAGUUCGGACGAUGAGCUGGACUCGAGCAGGGAUACGAGGAAUAAACUCGCGCAGCAGUUGUUCGGGAGCAUCUUACCGCCCGCGAGGCCUCAGUCCGCUGCUCCUGGUGGUGGUGGUGGUGGUGGAAACGCGAGCACGCCAAAGCAGCCGUCGACGCCUGUUGCGCCGACGCCGCCGCCUCCGCCUCCGAGCGCGCCUCCUGCUUUCAAUCCCGACAUUAGCAGCGGUGGUGGAAUUCCGCCGCCGCCGCCUCCCCCUGCGCCUCCGAUGGCCCCAAUGGCCCCUCCCCCUCCCAUGGCACCUCCCGCUCCCUCAGGACCUGGACCAGCACCAGCCGCCGCGGGGGGUCGUGGCGCGCUCCUGAGCGCGAUACAGGGCGGAGCGAGGUUGAGGAAGGCGGUCACGAAUGAUCGCAGUGCGGCUCCGGUGGGAGGGAAGGUUUUGGGCGAUGCGGCACCGCCGGAGCAUAUUAAGGUGAAUAUACCCGUUGCGCCGCCUUCGCCUCCGCGUGCGCAUGUGCCUGUUCCGGAUGUUGGGCAGGGACAGGGAGAGGAGGAGGGGAUGGGGAUGGGGAUGUCGAUGUCGAGGGAGACGACGAAUUCGACGAAUAGGCAGAGUGUGGAUUGGUAUGCUGGUUUGGCGGCGGAUAAUGAUCAUUCGAGGGCGAUGACGAGGGAGACGACGUUGGCGAGUAUGAAUGAGGAAGAGGAGGAGGGGGAUGUGGGGAAUGGGCAUGCGAAUGCGGUGCCGCAUAUUCAGGUCGCGCCGGCGGAGGGUGAGGAGAGCGACCCGUUGGAGGAUGUGGAUAGGGGUGUGGAGUAUAGGGUGAGGUCGUUGUAUGCAUACGAGGGGCAGAGGGCGGAGGAUCUAUCUUUCGGAGAGAACCUAAUUCUGACGGCGCAUCCGUCCAAGUCUGGAGGUGAUUGGUGGUACGGGACCGUCGUACGCGAUGGAAAGUCCGGAUUCUUCCCUAAGACAUACGUGCAGUCUGUCGAUGUCGUGAAAGCCCGCGCCGCGUACUCAUACGCUGGCGCCGGUGAUGCCGACGAGCUCCCCUUCGUCGAAGGCGACGUCCUCUCCAUCGUGGACCAAAGCGCAGAUGACUGGUGGAAGGCGGAACAAGGCGGAGUGGUCUUCAUCGUGCCCGCGGCGUAUCUCGAAGUCGUAGAGGGUCUCGGAAGCACAAAUAAUGAGGCCUCCAAUACGGUGAUUCUCACGGCUAACCCUGACGCACAAGCACCCAACAGAGACGCCGUUCCAUCCUUUCCUAACCAGGCCAUGACAGAGUCCGGGAAUGAGCCCGUCUCGAACCAUGUCCAGGGUACGGGGUCCUAUAGCGACGAUGAAGAGGACGACGACACGGAGUCGGAUUCGGAGUACCACUCGUUCGACGACUCGGAUACGGACACCAACGACGCCCAUGCUCAGGGGGACGAAGAAAAGCGUAAGGCCGAGCGCGAGGCGCGGGCUCUCGAGCGGCAGAGGGUGCUGGAAGCCGCAGGUCUAAUCGUGAAACAGGACGGUCGGAAACCCCCUCCCAGGCCCGUGAGACGAAAAGCGCUCUUGGCCACUACACCCGCCAAAACGCACCGCAAACCUCCGGCGCCACCCCAGACUUCCGGUCCUUCGAGCAUCCCGCAAGGACAAGAAGAAGAUUUCGACCGACGGUUGUCGCAGAUAUCUGCGUCGUCCGAAUUUUCUGGUAAGGAAUUGCCUCCUGUCCCCGCUCCGGACUCCCCGCGCUCGCCCGAGGCUGGAGAGGAUGCGGGCACUCGUCUGGAUGAUGCGUAUGAUCGGUAUGAAGCGUUUAAAGCAUCCAUGGCGGAUAGCAAUCGCUGGUCUAUGGCUUCCACCACCACCGAUGGCCUCAAUGCUGGUGGUAGCGGUCCUAGUACCGUCCCUUCUUCCCCUGCUCCCUCGCUCUCCCUUCAGCCUAGUCGGUCCCAUGACACGACGCUGUCGGCCCAUUCGAGGACGGGGAGCGAUACGACCUCUCGGUCGUAUGGGUCUUCGUUGUUCCAUUUGCUAGGGAGGAGCAGGACGCCUGUAGAUGAGGCUGCAGAGAGGAGGACAAUGCCGGUGAUUUCGGGUCCUAUUUUGAACGGGGACUUGACCUCGCCCUCUCGCGAAGGUGCGAACAGCCCAGCGUUCGGAUCGUCAUGGGCCAGCUUGGUCGAGAACUCAGCGCUGGAAGGUAUCCCCACUCGGGAACGGAAGCGUCAGGAGGCUAUCUUCGAGUUCAUCGCCACGGAAUCGGCUUAUGUCCGGGAUCUGCAGCUCAUUGUCGAGCUGUUUUACUCGAGGCUGUUGGAUGCCAUGGAACACAAGGCUAUCACGGUUAUAUUUGCUAACGUGGAGGACAUCCUUCUCGUCAACACGGCGUUCUUGAGCUCACUAGAAGAACGACAGAAGAGCUGCAGGUUGUAUGUAGACCAGAUCGGCGAUAUUCUAUACCAGCACAUGCAUAAUAUGGGCGUUUACGGAGAGUAUUGUGUGAACCAGGGCACCGCCGCCAAAGUCCUGAAGUCGCUACGAGACAGGAAGCCCGAACUCGAAGCCCACCUGAAGCGAUUACGGGAUGACCCAUCCGCUCGUAAUCUGGACCUUUCUAGCUAUCUCCUCGUACCCAUGCAACGAAUAACCCGAUAUCCGCUCCUCAUCAAGCAGAUAUUGCACUAUACCGACUCCGAGAAAGACCGCAUCGACACGCAGAACGCACUCACUACAGCCGAAGGUAUCCUCAGUCACAUCAAUGAAGCUAUUCGCGAGCAAGAAGGGAAGGAACGACUUAGCGUGAUCUCUCAGGACCUAUGGAUCGGCCAGGGUCGGUUGGACCUAUCCGCGCCGACACGCAACAUGGGACACCGGAAGCUUCUGAAAGAGGCUGUUUUAUGGAAGUCAAAGAGCGGAAGGAAGCUGAGGGCGUUCUUAUGUACGGACAUCUUGGUCCUUACGGACGAAGGAGCCAAGACGCUUUAUCGGAUGCCUAUCCCUCUCGCCGAGGUACAAGUUCGCGAAGGACGCGACGAUCUAACAAUCCAAGUUGGCCUCGCCUAUCCCCGUGGUGGCGACAAGAUCGUUCUCCGCGCCUCUUCCUCCCGUGAAGCCCACGCCUGGCUCUCCGAGAUUGACACUCAGAGUAAGAAGUGUCGAGAUGCAGAGAGAAAGGCGACGAUAAAGGCACAGCAAAGAAAUUCAAGGCAGUACUAAACAAGGACGUUUAGGUUGUGAUCUAACGAGGAGACUGAUGUAGAGAGCAUUAGUGCUACGCAUACCCACAUUCAUUACAUCUAUUUUUCUCAACCAUUAUUCACGAUUUUUUCUCGAUUUAUACGGACACAUGUCUCCAGGAGUCACGAUAUUUGGACACAGAGACGCAGACAUUCUUUCGUUCUCCUUUUUUUUUCUUCAUCUUGCUCUUUUAUGAUAUAUCUCAAGUAUCUCAUGCGUAUUUCUUGGUUAAAACUUUUCGGACUGCAUUACCCUCCUUUCUCUCAUUUUCAUCUACCCGGUCUCACGUCAGCUUGAUGGAUCCCC